UCUAGCUUCUUGCUGUCCUAAAAUCCAGGAAACUACAAUAUAGGAAAAAAGAAAAAGAAAAAGGGGAAGAUUACAAAAUCAUUAUACUCGAAGAAGAAACCCUUGCGCUGCGUGGGCGGAUCAAUUGGGAGAUCUGGAAACGCUGAAGGAAAAUCUUUCCGGGAAAAUAUUAUCCAGUUGAUCCAAACACGCCACACAUUCUUCUAUUGAAGCGAGAAGCGUAGAGAGAAGAAGAUAGAGAAAGAUGAAUAUAUUCAGAUUAGCAGGGGAUAUGACCCAUUUGGCUAGCGUUCUGGUUUUGCUCCUCAAGAUCCACACUAUCAAAUCCUGUGCCGGUGUUUCCUUGAAGACUCAAGAACUCUAUGCUCUUGUUUUUGCAACCCGCUAUUUGGAUAUCUUUUUCAACUUCAUCUCGUUUUAUAAUACCAUAAUGAAGUUAAUAUUUUUGGGUAGCUCUUUCUCAAUUGUUUGGUACAUACGGCGCCACAGGAUUGUUCGGAGAUCAUAUGAUAAGGACCAAGACACAUUUCGCCAUUUAUUUCUCCUGCUCCCCUGCCUGCUUUUGGCUCUGGUUAUAAAUGAGAGGUUCACUUUUAAAGAGGUGCUGUGGACAUUUUCUUUAUAUUUGGAAGCAGUCGCCAUACUUCCUCAGCUGGUGCUGUUGCAAAGGACAAGAAAUAUUGACAACUUAACAGGGCAAUAUGUUUUCCUCCUUGGUGCAUAUCGAGCAUUAUACAUUUUGAACUGGAUCUACCGCUACUUUACUGAGGAACACUAUGUCCAUUGGAUCACUUGGAUAGCAGGGACUAUCCAGACUUUGCUCUAUGGUGAUUUCUUCUACUAUUACUUCCAGAGCUGGAAGAACAAUGUAAGGCUCGAGCUGCCAGCUUGAAAAUGUCGUUUACUUGUCCACUGCCUGCUAAAUGUUGCAAUAGGAUACUUGAAUCUGUGGUAGUUUGUAGAUGUUUCUCAUUUCUUUUUAACCUUUCUUUUAUAAUUUUUUUCCCCUUGAAUCCGUGGUAGUAUUUGUUCGGCCACGGGAAACAUCUGACUGUCUUAUUAAGCGGGGAUUGGACUCAUAAAACCAUGUUACUGUCAGUUUGUAGCACAUCACAUACUAUCUCUCCAUCAAACAGUUUGUACGGAAAGUAUUUCCAAAAUGAAAAUGUUGUAUUCCAAUUCUUUA